AUGAGUAUACAAGAUGAAAGUUUUCCCUAUGAUGAUGAUUUGGAGAUGUCACGAACAUCGGGACAGCCUAUGAUAUUUCCACAUCAUAAGCCACGUCUUAUUAAGGUAAAUAGUCGUGAUUUAGAAGAAGAUGAUGAUGACGAUGAGAUGGGAGAGGAGGGCAAUGCGGAAAUAUCGACAGUGUCAUCACCUGGCCACAACACACGAAAUAAUGAUUCGACGCAAUCAUCCAAUGAUGGUCCCCCAGAAUCGGAGACAAGUGGUAAAACCAAUGCCAGUGAGACACAAGCCUCGGAACCAAAGAAAACCGAAUUUAUACGCAAUCCCCAAAGUAAAUCGGUCUCGUAUCAGGAUAUACACUCGGAAUAUACCAAACGUCGUUAUAAACAUGUUGAGAGCAAGGUGGGUCAAUACAUCGCCAAUAUUAAGGCCCAAGAUGAAAAACGACGUUCGGGUAAGUUUCAACGGCAUCGUUCCAUGCCGGAGACAUUAAGUGGUCCAAAAUCUGUUGAAUCGGCCGCAGAUGGUAUACGCAAUGUGCCACAAAAACGUGGUAUUCUCCGACACAGUACCAAUGAUUUGGAUGAUAUACGUGAUCAUGAAUCCGCCAUCAGUGAUCAUGAUACAGAAAAUUUCGAUAAUAUUACCGGAACGACAACCACCUCCACUUCAUCGAGUCGUGAUAUAAUACAAGAUGCUGGCAUCUAUUUGGAUAAACAAACCUAUGAACAGCUGUUAAGUGAUCGGGAGCGUGGUGAAUAUCUCCAAUCAAUGAUGGAUGAAAAGAAAGCCGAAAUAUGGCGCUUAAAACAAAAUUUGGAUACGAUGCGUAUUGAGUAUACGAUGUGUAAGGAUAAACUGAAACAAUUGAAUCAAACGCAAAGAAUGUCAUUGGGUGGUGGUGGUACUGGGGGUUUGGGAGGACCAUAUGGUUUAAAUUCCAUAACCAAUGUUAGCCGUAACUCAUUGCAGUGUUUGUUGUCACAGCAGCAGGAAUUUCAUGAUAAGGCAACGCAAACGGAAAAUUUGCUGACGCCUUCGCCCGUGCCACCUUUAAUGUUGGCCAAUCGCACAGAAAUGUUUGAUACCCCUCUCACACCGGAUUCCAAUAACAAUUCAUGUGAUCACAAUGCAAUUGGGGUGAUGGCCCCUGCCCACUUGAAGGUUCCCAAAAAUAUUGCCACCAUACAACCGCUAUCGUUGAAUUUUAGUAAUCUUCUGGAGCAGGAUAAUAGUCGGGAUUGUAGUAUUAAUAAUACCAUGGGUUUCCUACGUCAACGGUCCAACUCCAUGGCAAAUCGCCAGAAAUCCACACCCCUAGCGAUGGCUUUAAAUUCCUCCAAAAAUAUGGGCUCCGCCAAUAAAAGUUUUAUACCCAACUCGGAGGCUGGUAUUGAUAUUGAAGUCAUUGAAUCAUCGCCGCGCAAACAAAGACAAAGUCGCCGUGAAGAAUUUAUUUAUUUUGAAAAUCGUUCGCAACGCAACACCUCCGCCCGUGGUGGUCAUAAUUUAGCUGAAGCUGAAACCACUUGCUCUCCGGCUGGCCUUACCACAACAAUGAUUGUCAAUACCAGUAGCGGGACGGAUAGUGUUCUAGCUGCGGGUCGUAAAUCCACACAUAAUCGUCGUAGUUUGGGUACGCGUAUGAUGCGUCUUUUUGGCGCCUGCACCAAAUGUGAUGAUCCAAAUCGAUCGAUGGACACAACGUUGGAUCAAUCACAACAUCAAUCGUAUUCACAAAUUCCCCUUUUGGAAAAAAGUCGUACAAAUCGUCGUCCAAAUUUACGUUGA